UUCAACUUUUCAAGUCUUUUUUUCUGGUGGAUCCACUUUGUUACAAAGGUGAAAGGUCCAUGAUAUUAGCACAGAAUGUAACAAUGGAUUGAACAUGGUGAUUAAAACACUAAUACACCAAUUCUGAUACACUUAAUUAAUAUAAUUACUGCUAAAGUUACCACUAUAACCUCAGAUUAAUUAUUCAGUGUUAUUUACUCUUCACUUCAACUAUCUGUAGUUACUAUACUACUUCUACUGUAAUUGCUUAAACUCAGUCAUUCCAUCUAGUAUCUAUCUUUUAAAAUCAGAAUUUAUUUUGUUGAAGUUCAUUCAUUACUACUGCUAACUGAAACCACACGAUGGAACAUAGAUACAAUACAAAUAUUUCAGAUUAUAAAUAUUCUGCAUCAGAUUUCCAAUUAACUAGACAACAGAGGGAUUUUUAUGAAAUAAAUGGUUAUUUAGUAAUUCCUAAACUAAUACCUGAUUAUUUGUUAGACAGAUGCUGCAACCGAUUUGUAGACUUAUGUCACGAUAGAGUUCCACGGAAUCAAAUAACUAUGAUGAAAGACAUAUCUCGCAUGAAAGUAGGUGAUCAAGGCGAAUAUUUAUUUGGUAAAGCACAAGAUAUUCUUUGGGAUGAAGAAUUUUAUGAGUAUGCUAGAUUCCCAAAGAUGUUGGACUAUGUAGAAAGUUUUAUUGGACCAAAUGUUAUGGCUAUGCAUUCAAUGUUUAUUAACAAACAACCAGACAUUGGUACCAAUAGUUCUCGCCACCCAGUUCAUCAAGAUCUUCAUUAUUUUCCAUUCCGUCCUGCCAACAUGAUUGUAGCUUCUUGGACAGCUUGUGUUCCAAUUACAGUGAACAAUGGAUGUCUAUAUGUAUUACCUGGAACACAUACCGGUGAUUUGUAUCCUCAUAGUUAUCCAGAACCCAAAGACGGAGAAAUAAAUAAAAUGUACCAUGAAGUAAAAACUAACAAUAAUCACAAUGAUCAGAAAAAGGUGUUUUUGGAAAUGGAGAAAGGUGAUACAGUUUUUUUCCAUCCUUUGUUGCUUCAUGGAUCAGGAAUAAAUAAAACACAAGGUUUCCGUAAAGCAAUUUCUGUACAUUAUGCUUCAUCCAACUGUUGUUAUAUAGACGUGUCUGGUACAACUCAAGAUAACAUAAAAAAUGAAAUAAUGGAUGUGAUGGCUAAAAAAGGAAUAACAAAUGUUGAUUACACGUUUGCCUGGAAACAUCGUUGUCGACUUAUUCGUGGAGUCAAAGCAAAUUUGUAGUAAUAAAUUAAAUUCUAUUUUAUCAAAUUGAAAUAUUGAAAUAGGGUUGUGGAUUUUAUGUUACCUAGUUUAUGUUAUAUUUACAUAACCUAACUUCUAAUAUCAGUGAUAAUUGUAUAAGCUUAAAAACCUUAUUGUUUAAAUUAUAUAAUAUUUAUUUUAAUAUUGUGAUGGUAUUAGGUACCUUAUUUUCGAACGUUUGAUUUUUAUAUUUCAUACUUUUGUUGCCGUUUAUUUUUUAAUAUAUUUUAUUUAUAACUAUA